CACACAGGUGUAUUCAUUGACACCUAGGACAAUACCGAAUACUCCAACUCGAAAGUAGAAAUGUAAAUUCUGGCUGUGAUCGGGGUUCUUGCAUCAUGACUUGAGUUUUCCUGGCAUGUUUAAAUGAUGAAAAUCAGACUUGGGCAUGUGGCUUUACAACACCCAGACAUUAUGGCUACUGAUAGAACUAAAUGUUCAAUACCGCAAUAGUAACCAUGGCAACUCCAGGAUUUGGAGUCCAUGUGAUUCUACUGUUGUCAUGGCUACCAAUACUAUUGGCCAUGGAGCCCUCACAUUGUUUAAAAAACCAAGGAAUCAUAAACCGACGGGAAAUGUAUUACAACGGUAAGAGCCUCACCAUAAUGCUGGAGAGUAGUCACAGUGUGUCACAGAACAUCACAAACCACAUGCUCAAGGCACUGCUGACAGAGGUGGUAGGGUAUCAACGGGUACAGAUACAGAAUGUGUUCUCCAAUACACUAAACACGACAGCCAUACUCAAUCGUAUGUCCGGCUGUUACAACACAGGAUGUACCACUAAGUUGAAGUCUGUCGUACCACGUACGAUGAUCAACAUUGAGGUACCUGUAGUGGCGGGAUUUCUUACAGACCAAUGGAGUCAGGCUGGUACGGUGGUCAGUGUUGGAGCUCUUGGACCUCUGGGAAGGCCUGGCUGGUACAUAGCUGACUACACUGUCAACAAGCUUUGGGAGACCAGACAGAUCGCUGGCCACUGGCGGUCACUCUUGAUAGAGGAUGUGACCAAAAUCUUCUCCAUGUCUGACCAAUUGCUUGUCCUGCGAAACUUGACCAAGAAGUCUAAUGGUGGCUACCUGUGCGACUUUCAUGGCUGUGUCCAGGGUAUCUACUAUGGCCCAAGGUGUCCGCAAACUGACCAGUCCACCUGUGCCGUUCUCCUGGCUUCCUAUCCAGAUUGGAACAAAAAUGUCUUGAUUGGACAGGUGGAGAAACUUGACCUUCUUGUUAAUAUCGCCUGGCUAGGUGACCACUACUGGCAAUACAUCAGUGACCAGGUGGAACAGCAACGUCCAGUCCUUCUAUUUGGCCUUCAUCCGGAUAUCAUCGCCCUGGGGACUGACUUUACUCGCAUUAGGUUCCCUACAUGCAGAACACUUCCAACAAACUUCCCUUCUGGCUGUGAUUAUGAAACAAAUCAAUUUACAAAAUUUAUGUGGUCAAAAAUUAAGACGAACGCCCCUGAGGCCUACUAUGUAAUAUCAAAAUUUAAGUUUGAACAACUGGAGUUUGAAUCUCUCCUUAAGAAUUACAGUAUUUCAAAAUCAGUGUCAAGUGUCGCCUGUGAUUGGUUAAGUCAUAAUAAACAUAAAUGGAUGUCAUGGAUACCGAAAACUUUAUCAAUGAAACGGAAAAUUUAUUUACUUGGAUUUUUUCCUAUAACUGGAGUGCAAUGGACGCAACCGGGAUUAGUGCAAGGUGCUCAGCUAGCCAUCAAUAGAGUGAACAAAGAUGCUGGAGUUCUACCAAAUCAUGACCUUGAGCUCAUCAUUGUUGACUCACAGUGCAAAGCAGACGUGGCCAUGAGAGAAUACAUCAAGUAUAUUCACAACUCAACAAAUCUCGCUAUAGCAGGAGUCUUGGGUCCUGCAUGCUCUGAUGAAGCAGAAUCCAUUGCGUCCUUGUCUAAACAUUUCUAUAUGUUCACUGUAAGCUACAGUGCAGAGGCUUCAUCACUUUCUGACAGAGUAACCUACCCCUACUUCUACCGGACUAUUCCCCAAAUCAGCGUGCACAAGUAUGUGUACGAGCAGUUUUUCAGCAAAUUAAAAUGGCGCCAGGUGGGUGCACUGGCUGAAGCAGGCCAAGAACUGCCCGAGUAUCACCUCCUACUUCAGGACUACCUACAGAAGUCAGGGGUCAAGGUCGUUAUCCGGCAUGACAUCGUCCAGACACAUGAUCGAAGCUAUGACGUCACACAGAUUUUUGCUGAUCUCCGAGCAAGAAAUGUGAAAAUAAUUGUUGCUGAUUUCUAUGUGGGAGCCGCACGUGCGAUCAUGUGUGAAGCAUACAGACAGAGGAUGACAGCUCAUGAGGGUUACGUUUGGUUCCUGCCGUCUCUUUGGUACUCUUUCGGCUGGUGGCAGGUCUACCAUGGGGCAAAUGACAUUCCUUGUACAACCCAACAAAUGCUUUAUGCUAUUGACGGUCAUUUCAUACUGUCCAAGACGUUUGCAGACUCGGAUCAAACAGUCAUCAUGGGAAACUUCACUGUAGGAACGUUUAAGAAGCAAUAUGCAGAAAGAGUUGGGAAAGCAAAAGUGAAACCAAGUCCUUAUGCGAACUACGUGUAUGAUGCUGUGUGGGUGUACGCCCUCGGACUCAGCAAGCUUCUCAGUUCACAACCAGGAGCUCUCGAGCUACUUCAUCAAAAAUCUACAGCAGAUACCCUGGUGCAGUACUUCAACGAGACAAACUUCCCGGGUGUGUCAGGGAGGGUGCGGUUUGAAGGCGGGGACAGGCCAGGUCAAAUCCAAAUUAUGCAGUUCUUCCACAAUAUUACGAGGGUAGUUGGCAAGUACACCCCUGGGAUUCCUGUCGGGGCAGGGACACUGGACUUGUACCAGUCACACAUCAAAUGGCUGACCCCCGGGGGCCAGACACCUAGUGACGGUCAACCAGAAGAGAAACAAUGCGUGAUUGAAGACUUCCGUGAGAUGUUCAGUGUGAGUUGUGAGAUGUCCAUCGUCAUUGCUAAUGUCAUCGGCUUUGGGGUGUUUGUCAUCUUGGUUGUGUUUGUACUGGUCGUCAUCAAAUUCAGGUUUGACAAGAAGAUGAGGAGCACCCACUAUCGUAUGAAGGAGUUAGGUCUUCUGUCCCAGGAUUUCUCCUGUUUGUCGCUGGAUGAGUGGGAGGUCCGACGUGACAAUGUUGUCCUAAACAGGAAGUUGGGUGAGGGUGCAUUUGGUACAGUGUUUGGAGGUGAGACAUAUCAGGAAGAAGAAGGAUGGGUACCUGUUGCUGUAAAGACACUGAAAAUAGGUUCCAGGGUGGAAGAAAAGAUUGAUUUCCUGACAGAAUCGGAAAUAAUGAAACGUUUCUCCCAUCCCAACAUUGUCAAGUUACUAGGAGUGUGUACCAGGGGCGAGCCAGUGCUCGCCAUAAUGGAGUACCAUCUUCAUGGUGACCUGAAGACCUAUCUGCUAUCCCGAAGGAGUCUAGUCGGUCAGGCAACACGCGAGGCAGAAGACAUCAGUCCAGAACGUCUCACACAAAUGGUGCUGGAUGUAACCAGUGGUCUCAAGUACAUACAUGACCUGAGAUAUGUACACAGGGAUUUGGCCUGCAGGAACUGUCUUGUCCAUGCCAAUCAGACUGUGAAAAUUGGAGAUUUUGGGAUGACAAGAACACUUAUAGAGUCGGAUUAUUACAGAUUCACCAAAAAAGGAAUGUUACCUGUUCGAUGGAUGUCCCCAGAAAGUUUGUGGGACGGGAUGUUUACCUCAAAGUCGGAUAUCUGGAGUUUUGGGAUCUUGGUGUUUGAGGUUGUGACGUUUGGGAGUUUCCCAUACCAAGGUCUGUCAAACACCCAAGUACUGGAGUUUGUUAAAAAGGGAAACAGACUCAUUCUACCUGGCAACUGUCCUGAAGACUUGUGUGACUUCAUACAUUCCUGUUUGUCCUAUGAAGCAAAUGACCGUCCAGAUAUUGAGGACAUUUUUGACAAAUUGGCGAAAGAUCCCUCUUUCAUUCAACCAUGUCUAGACGCUCCCACUACCAGUGUUGUUAUAGAAGACAUGGAAUCCAUGGAACUGGUCAACGCUUCCUGUCAAAGUACAAUCACAAAAUCCCAUUCAGUGUUACCAACCCUGCUAAAUAGACUGUCACAGACGUCUCAGGACGUCAAACGCCUUAGUGCUGGUAGCCAAGGCAACAAACUGUCCACACCUACGAAACUGUCAAUCAAAACAUUUGUGCCUUCUAUAUUUACACGUUCCCGUAGCAAUAGUCUUGACUUAGUAGCUCAAUCACCAUGUAAGAAGGAUCUGUACAAUCAAUUUGAAGAAAUCCAGGACCAGGAAAGUCCCGAAAAUUUUGAAACCUCAUUAAAAUCCAAUCACAACUCUCAUGAAAUCCACGGGGACAGUGGAUAUAGCCAUUAUCAUCUACUGAGUCCGGGUGAGCGAGGCGACUCCACUAGUGAUUACUUCAGUGAUUAUUCAAAAGAUCAAUUGACAGUGCUUGAAAUGUGUGAGACUGUUACCUCAGUUUGAGCAUGCGUGAACUCUGUCU